AUGCCUGUAAUCCGCGUCGGAACUGCCUCGCCGGCCACCGGCCCCACCAAGGCCGCCACUCUCCGACACUUGGCCGACCUCGCUCGCCGAGCUGCCGCCCAAUCCAUCGACAUUCUCCUGCUCCCCGAGGCUUACAUUGGCGGCUACCCACGUGGCACGGCUUUCGGCGCUGUCGUGGGUGACCGCCCCUAUGAGGGGAGAGAAGAGUUUGCUCAAUACUUUGAUCAGGCUGCGGACUUGGGCGAUACCGUGGGCGGAGGCGCCGGGGCUGGAGCGAAAUGGGUCAAGAGGGAGCUUGGUGGCGACGAUGACUUGCUGAGGGGAGAUGGCACGAGAGAGGAGUUGGAGAAAAUCGCUAGUGAUACCGGAGUUUUCAUUGUCACCGGCAUCAUCGAGAAGGCUGGCGGUAGCUUAUAUUGCGCUGUAGCGUUUGUUUGCCCCAAAGCUGGUGUAAUUGGAAAGCGACGCAAGGUUAUGCCCACCGGUACAGAACGCCUUUGCUGGGCCCAAGGAUCUCCCGCCACGCUCAAGGCCGUGUCGACCAUCAUCCGCGGCCAGCGAGUCAAUAUCGGGACCGCCAUCUGCUGGGAAAACUACAUGCCUCUCGUCCGCCAAGCGCUGUACGAGCAAAACAUCAACUUAUACCUAGCCCCGACAGCAGACGGCCGAGAUGCAUGGAUGGGUCUCAUGCGCACAGUCGGCAUCGAGGGACGAUGCUUCGUUGUGAGCAGUAACAUGGCGGUACGCAAAGACAGCAGCACUCGGGCAGCUGCAGCGUCACAACCAAGCUUUACCCGAAGCAGAGCGAGACGUAACUCUGCAUUUACUGAUGAAGGCUUCGAAAUUGCGCUGCCGUCGACAAGCCCGACUCGUCACAAGCGCAGAAAGUCGGUAUUUGACGAGGACGGCAACGAAAUCGUUCUUUGCUGUGAUGAAUCAAACGGAGCCGAGCAGGACGGUGCCACUCCAAGAGUCCAGCCCGGGAAAAAUGUCCCCGGGGCUGACGGUUGGAUUUCCCGGGGCGGGUCGUUGAUUGUCAAUCCUUUCGGUGAUGUUCUCGCCGGGCCGCAAUGGGAAGACGACGAGGGGCUCAUUUUUGCGGAUAUUGACCUGAGGGAGUGUAUCCGGGGAAGGCUUGACCUUGAUACGGCAGGACACUAUUCCAGGAACGAUUCGUUCAAGUUUAGCGUGACUGGACUAGACUUGGAUCCUUUGCCGUACUAG